AUGAUUUAUGAUCUGGCUGACCUCAACUAUAGCCACAACGUGAGCGACGACCCGUUCAGCUUACUGGACCGGGAAUGGAGCGACACUCCGAAAGAGACCCUCUCCAGGACUGGCUUCAUCGUGCUCUCCGUGUUUCUGGGCUUGAUCAUGACCUUCGGCUUCCUCAACAACUUCGUGGUACUGCUCCUCUUCUGCAAGUUCAAGAAGCUGCGUACCCCGGUCAACAUGCUCCUGCUCAACAUCAGCGUGAGCGACAUGCUGGUGUGCAUGUUCGGGACCACGUUGAGUUUUACCUCCAGUAUCAAGGGAAAGUGGCUCCUGGGCCGCCACGGCUGCUUGUGGUACGGUUUCAUCAACUCCUGCUUCGGUAUUGUGUCGUUGAUCUCCCUGGUGGUCCUGUCCUACGACCGCUACAGCACCCUGACCCUGUACAACAAGCGUGGUCCUGACUACCGCAAGCCCCUGCUGGCUGUGGGGGGCUCCUGGCUCUACUCCAUAUUCUGGACGGUGCCCCCCCUGCUGGGCUGGAGUAGCUACGACUUGGAGGGCGCCGGCACCAGCUGCUCUGUGUCAUGGACCCUGAGGACGGCUCAGUCCCACGCCUACAUCAUCUGUCUGUUCAUCUUCUGCCUGGGUCUGCCCAUCGUCAUCAUGGUCUACUGCUACUGUCGGCUGCUGUGGGCCGUCAAACAGGUGGGUAAGAUACGUAGGACAGCGGCACGGCGGAGAGAGUACCACAUCCUGUUCAUGGUGCUGACUACAGUGGUGUGCUACAUAUUGUGCUGGAUGCCCUACGGCGUGGUGGCCAUGAUGGCGACGUUUGGCCGGCCCGGCAUCAUCACCCCUGUGGCUGCCGUGGUGCCCUCACUCCUGGCCAAGAGCAGCACUGUCAUCAACCCUCUCAUCUACAUCCUCAUGAACAAACAGUUCUACAGGUGUUUCCUCAUCCUGAUCCGGUGUGAACGGCCCUCCGCGGAGAACGGCCAAUCCUCCAUGCCCUCCAAGACCACCGCCAUCCAGCUUAGCCGCCGCGUGUACAGCAACACGGUGGCGUGCACCGCCCGGAUCUCCACGGGUAUCCAGAACCAUGGCUGCAGCACCCUGGUCACCGAGCACACCAACCCACCCGAGGUCACUCUCUCAUGAGCGGGCACGCCGGGAAGGCCUGGUGGAUGUUGAUGCAUGGCUCAGCUCGCUAGCUACUGUACUGUGCCGACCAAUAGGCUCCAAGGCCCAUGCGCUCGUCUACUCCAGCCCAACCCCUUCCAUUUGUUUACCAACUGCUGUGUUUAUUUUUAUGUUGGAGAGAAAUUGUACAUGCUGUGUGCAAGAGAAAGUACAUUUCUGUAUAUGUAUACAUGAGGGAGGGGGGGCUGUAGAGUGAGCAUGUGUGCUGCAUUCAAAGGGGAGAGAGGGUGUGUGUGGUUAUGAACUGUGUGUACCAUUUGGUCUCACUCGGCCGGUUCUCUCUGGCUUGUCUCUGUGUAGGUGUAAAAACCAUUGCUCGAUACACUUGCUUCUUUUCUAAACACAUCGACUGCCCAAGUGAAGGAGUAUCUCUGUCACAUUUCACCCCCUCAACACACACACUUACCCCACCUCUCUAAUGCACACACACUUACCCCACCCCUCUAAUGC